AGAAAACCAAUAUGGAGGACAUCGAAAGAAAAACGGAGGUAUGCACAUUCUCAUUUAAGAAAUCUGGAAAGAAGAGACAGGCUAGAAAAAGGAAAACAAGUGAAAGUGAAGGCAGUAGUGAUGAAGAUACUGUUGUAGUGAGAAAAGAAAAAAAGUUUGAUCUAGGGAAUCCUAUGGUACAGAAGAGUAUCAAGACAAAAGACAAAGAGGAUGUCAACUACAGUGACAGCGAUGAUGAGAAAGGUUUCAAAGUGGCAUACAAAUCAACUAAAACAGGGAAAAGUGAAGGUCCAGCAGACAUGGGAGCCACUGCUACAUAUGAGCUUGAUGCAGACAAAGCCAAUGAUGCCCAAGCCAUAUUUGAAAAAGCUCAGGAAAUUAACAAAGAGUUGAAGGAUAAAGAAGAUGAUAAAGUAUACAGGGGUAUAGAGAACUACCAACAAUUUUAUGAGAAGAGGGACACAGCCCAGGGCAAUGCCUCCAGUGGUGCCAACAGGAAGGGUCCAAUGAGGGCUCCAGCUCAUCUUAGGGCCACAGUGAGGUGGGACUAUGCACCUGAUAUAUGUAAAGACUUUAAAGAGACUGGUUUCUGUGGCUUUGGUGACAGCUGUAUAUUUAUGCAUGACCGUGGAGAUUACAAACAUGGCUGGCAGUUAGAAAGAGAUGCAGGCAAUACAGAAGAAGAUUUAACUAAGUAUGAAAUCAGUGAUAGUGAUGAUGAUGAUCUCCCAUUCAAAUGCUUCAUAUGUAGAGAUUCUUUCACUCACCCCAUUGUUACUAAGUGUAAGCAUUACUUCUGUGAGAAAUGUGCACUUAGUCAUUACAAGAAAAGUAAGCGGUGUUUUGUGUGUAAUGAACAGACAAUGGGAGUCUUCAACCCAGCAAAAGAGCUUAUAAGCCGAUUAGAGAAGAACAAAGUUGACAAUGACAUUGUAGAAGACAGUGACAGUGAAGAGGGAUGACUGGUAUACAGUGAAACAUUCUCAGUUAAUCCAUCCCUUCACAGUUGACCACAGACUGUAGUAUUACAAUGAUUAAGGGCACUUGGUAUAUCAUUGUUACAGCAUCAUUGAGGAACCAUUGCUACUUGUAGUUUGUGUUGUCAUAUCCUGUUACAAUCUGACAUGCAUUCAAUUUGAGCAUGUUUUCACAUACAAAGUCAGUCUGCUGAGGGGUUUCCCCAGAAUUGAUACAGAGCACUCAGAUAUGCAUUCAGAUGUUUGAAGGUGUGCACACUACACACUUUCAUAUUAGAAAACAAUCCAGAUGGUUCAAAAAUGUCUACCUGGUGUAGAAUAUUUGACUAGCCAAGAUAUUAUGCAGUAUAAACUCUAAUUAUGGAAAAGACCUUCUCAUUUAUGAUAAAAUCUUAAAUUUUAUGUUAUAUGUAUGAAAUAUUGCUAUACACAUACAGAAUAUAAUUGUAAAAGAUUGGUAGCAGAAAAACUAACUUUUCUGUUUAGGCAUUUUUGGGUCACCCUUUAUUAGGGAUCACUACUUACAAGUCAUGAAAGACCAGAUUAUGGAUCUACACUCUGAGAGCUUUCACUCCACAUCUUGCAUGGAUUCACUCUAGUAUCACUUCACAUCUUGAGUGGAUUCAGUCUAGUAGUGCACAACCUUAACUGGCCCAUGUCAAUCAAGUGCUUCAAUAGGCUGAAGGAUUUUAUAUGUUGGCCAUUGAAAUGUUAUCACUAAGGAGGUUAAGCUUGCAUAUAAA